UUAACUUGGUUGGCGUCACCAGCCCAAUCUUCACGAAGUGCCAUUCGAGAGAGAGACGGCCAGCCAAAUGAGCACGACAGCAGCGCACUGACUAGCCCUACAACACCCUGCACCACUUCUCGUCAACAGUACAUCAUGGCACUCCGUAUGACGAACAUGUUCGGCCGGCUGCUCCGCACCAACGGUGGGGUGGCGCUCCAGCUGACGCGGGCGGCGUCGGGCAAGGCUGGCAAGGGCAAGACCAUCGGGAUUGAUCUGGGAACGACCAACUCGUGUGUGGCGGUGAUGGAGGGCAAGACGCCGCGGGUGAUCGAGAACGCCGAGGGCGCGCGGACGACGCCGUCGGUGGUGGCGUUCCAGGCUGACGGGUCGCGGCUGGUGGGCACGCCGGCCAAGCGUGGCGCUAUCACCAACCCGGAGAACACUGUGUACGCGACGAAGCGGCUGAUUGGCAAGUCGUUCAAGGAGACGCACGAGGACCAGGAGAUGCUCCCGUACGAGAUUGUGGAGGCGCCGAAUGGCGAUGCUUGGAUCAAGGCUCAGGGUAAGGAGUACUCGCCGUCGCAGAUUGCGUCGUUCAUUCUCGCGCACCUCAAGGACUCUGCCGACUCGUUCCUCUCGCAGAAGACGACGUCUGCAGUGAUCACGGUCCCGGCGUACUUUAACGACUCGCAGCGGCAGGCGACCAAGGACGCUGGUGAGAUUGCGGGCUUCUCCAACAUCCGGAUCCUCAACGAGCCGACGGCUGCGGCGCUGGCGUACGGCAUGGACCAGAAGGGCUCGCAAACGAUUGCGGUGUACGAUCUGGGCGGCGGCACGUUUGACAUCUCGAUUCUGGAGGUGUCCGAGGGUGUGUUUGAGGUGCAGGCGACCAACGGCGACACGGCGCUCGGCGGCGAGGACAUGGACGCGGCGAUCACCAACUUUCUGCUCGAGUCGUUCAAGAAGGAGAAGGGCAUUGAUCUCUCAACCGACUCGCUGGCGCUGCAGCGGCUCCGUGAGGCUGCGGAGAAGGCAAAGCAGGAGCUCUCGUCGACGACGCAGACGCAGAUCAACCUGCCGUUCAUCACUGCGACGGCCGAGGGCCCGCAGCACCUGGACCUGUCGCUGUCACGGGCGAAGCUCGAGUCGCUGGUUGGCGACCUUAUUGCGCGGACGGUGGCGCCGUGCGAGGCGUGCCUCGCCGACGCGUCGCUCAAGCCGGACGACAUCGACCAGGUAGUCCUUGUUGGCGGUAUGACGCGGAUGCCCAAGGUUGUGGAGACGGUCGAGGCCAUCUUUGGCAAGGCUGCGUACAAGGGCGUGAACCCGGACGAGGCCGUGGCGAUGGGCGCCGCCAUCCAGGGCGGCGUGCUCGACGGCUCGACCUCGGACGUCCUGCUCAUCGACGUCACGCCGCUCUCGGUCGGCAUUGAGACGCUCGGCGGCGUCUUUACGCCGCUCGUCAAGCGGAACACCGCGAUUCCGUGCAAGAAGGCCAAGACGUUCUCGACGGCGGUCGACGGGCAGACCGAGGUCAACAUCUCGGUCUUCCAGGGCGAGCGCAAGCUGGCCAUCGACAACAACCUGCUGGGCAACUUCCAGCUGACCGGCAUCAACCCUGCGCCGGCCGGCCAGCCCAAGAUCGACGUCGAGUUUGAGAUCAACUCGGACGGCAUCCUCACGGUCUCGGCCCGCGACCAGAAGACUGGCCAGGAGCAGCGGAUCACCGUUGAGGCCGCGUCAGGCCUCUCGCAGGACCAGAUCGAGAAGAUGGUCGAGGAGGCCAAGACGUACGCCGAAGAGGACGCGGCCCGCAAGGCCAAGGCCGAGGCCAAGAACGCCGCCGAGUCGGCCAUCUACAACGCCGAGAAGACGCUCAACGACCAGAAGGAGAAGGUGACCGAGGAGCUCAAGGAGAAGCUCGACGGCGCCAUCUCAAAGGUCCGCGAGGCCGUCGACGCCGACGGCGAGGCCAAGGACAUUGCCAAGCUCACCACCGAGCUGCAGAAGGAGCUCGCCGCCACCAACGAGGCCAUCUUCAAGGCGGGCAAGGAGGAUACCGCCGAUGAUGUCGACGAGACCGUCGUCGAUGCCGACUACCGCGACGUGUCGGAGGAGAAGGACGAGAAGAAGAAGGAGUAA